GCUUUCGCCAUAUUCAGACUACUCUAAUAGACUAAUACACCUAAUCGUCGACUUACCUUGAUCGCCAUGACUACAAUAAAGAAAUCUACAGUUACAGGAGAUAUCAGAAGAAAUGAUAAUCGGAAAACGUCGAUGUCGAAGGUGUUUGACGAGUUUGUGACAGAUUCGGAAAGUUACGGAUCGUCGUCGGAAGAUAUGGAAACCUCUUCUCCGAAAUCGGUGGUCUCCAAGGUCAGGAAGUGGCCGGCGGCGGUGAAGGACGUCAACGUUGAUGUUAUUGGCCGUCGGAUUCGUAACCAGAUAGAGAGAAUUAGAGCGGAGGAUUCACAUCUAGGAGAGGAUAUCGGCCAGUGUUUAAUCGCUAAUGUUUCAAGCUCCGGUCAUCAUCUCGUGGAUGUUGUGAUUUUCUCCAGAGCUGCUUCACCUUUAAGCGGCAAGGUGGAGAUUGCAGAGCAGCGAAGAUAAGUAGUGAUAGGGUUAAAUUAAGCUAAAUAAGGAC